CCUUUGUGACCGAUUCUGACUACAGACCACACGCAGGAGGAGUGAGGACACGGGCCGGGCUCCUGGCCCAUGUCUGCCAAGUCAGGACCUGCAGAGAUGGAGAAGGAGGAGGAGACGACUCGGGAGCUGCUGCUUCCCAGCUGGCAGGGCAGUGGCUCGCACGGACUGACCAUUGCACAGAGGGACGAUGGCGUGUUCGUGCAAGAGGUGCAGCAGGACUCGCCUGCGGCACGUGCUGGUGUGGUCCAGGAGGGUGACCAGAUCGUGGGUGCCACCAUCUACUUUGACAACCUGCAGUCGGGGGAGGUGGCACAGUUGCUCAGCACUGUGGGCCACCACACCGUCGGCCUGAAGCUGCACCGCAGGGGCGACCGCUCCCCUGAGCCUGGCCAGGCCUGGGCACACGAGGCCUUUGGCUCCCGCAGCCCCGAGAUGGUUCUGAGCGGGGCCGAUGAGGAGUACCAGCGCAUCUAUGCCACAAAGAUUAAGCCACGGCUUCGAUCAGAGGAUGGGUUGGCAGUGGAUCCUGGGGAGACCCAGAGCCGUACCAUCACUGUGACCAGAAGGGUCACUGCCUACACUGUGGAUGUCACCGCCCCAGAAGGAGCUAAGGACAUUGACAUCAGCAGCCCUGAGUUCAUGGUCAAGAUUCCAAGGCAUGAAGUGACCGAAAUCUCCACAAUGGACGUAGAAACCCGGCCGGGGAAGACAGUGAUCAAGCUACCCUCAGGGCCAGAGCUCCAGGGUGCAGACGCCUCAAAAAUCCAGGUCACCAUGCCCAGGGUCAAGGUGGGGAGCCCAGGUAUCAGUGUCAGUGCGAAGGGCCUAGACUUGGGGGGCAGGCCGGCCGUCCACAGUACAGGAGGGAAUGUCCCAUCUUCUCUUGGUGCUGGAGCAGCAGAGGUAAAUAAUGCAAAAGUUAAAAUUCCUACCUUGAAGAUGCCAAAGUUUGGGGUUUUGCCAGGGCCGGAGGGCCAGGCAUCUGGGGCAGGACUAAAUGUCUCUGGGAGCAGUGGGCCGGGUGUGGCCAUCAGUGGAAACAUGCAGGUUCCACACCUGGACCUCAGUUUUGAGGGGAUGGAGGGGAACCUGAAGAGCCCCCAAGUCACUGGGCUGUCCCUUGAUGGGGAGGUGGGCCUGAAGCGGGCCAAGCCACAGGGGAGCAUAGGAGUGGACAUCUCUGUCCCCCAAAUCGAGGGCAGUGUCAUGUGCCCCGGUGUGGAGGUGCAAGCUGCAGGUGUUGAUGUACAUGUGCCCAAGAGGAAGGGGCCUCAGUUCUCUGCACCUGCUUCAAAGGCAGAGGGAGCUGACAUCCACGUGACACUGCCUACAGGGGAAGUGACUCUUCCAGGGGUCCCUGGGGGUAUUGGCCUGCCCGAGAUUGCCCCUAGUGGGCUGGAAGUGAAGACUAAGGGUGUGAAGGUAAAGACUCCUGAAAUGAUUAUUCAGAAACCACAAAUCUCUAUGCAAGAUGUGGACUUGAACCUUAGGUCCCCCAAACUGGAAGGAGAUAUUAAAGUUUCUGCUCCCGAGGUAAAAGGUGAUGUGAAGGGCCCUCAAGUGGCACCAAAAGGCUCCAAAGUAGACAUAGAGGCACCAGACUUGGAGGGGACCUUGACUGGCCCCAAGCUGGGUGGCUUUUCUGGGAAGGCGGGCACAUGCAGGAUUUCCAUGGCAGAUGUGGACCUGAAAGUGGCUGCACCUAGAGCGAAAGGGGGAGUGGACAUCACACUCCCGAAAGUAGAAGGGAAAGUCAAGGUGCCUGAAGUUGAUGUCAAAGGCCCCAAAAUGGGUGUCAGUGGCUCAGAGGUGCAGCUUCAUGGCCCAGAGUGGAACCUGAAGAUGCCAUCAGUCAGCGUUCCAGGAGUAAAAGGGGAUGCCCCGCGUGUGGACGUGACCAUGCCCAAAGGGGAUGCCAGUGUUUCAGGGCCAAAGGUCAAUGUGGAAGCACCAGGAUUCCACAUGGAGGGUCUUGCAGGCAAACUUAAAGGCCCUGAUACCAAGCUGCCUGAAGUGGGUUUGAAGACACCCAAGAUCUCCGUGCCUGGUGUAGAUUUGCACACCAAAGGGACAAAAGUGAAAGAAUGUGAUACAACAAUGCCAAAGCUUGAAGCAGAGGUGCAGGUCUCUAAAGGGGACAUUAGGGUCCCAGAUGUGGAUGUUCAUGGCCCAGACUGGCACCUGAAGAUGCCCAAGAUGAAAAUGCCCAAGUUCAGCGUGCCUGGCUUCAAGGCAGAGGGUCCUGAGAUGGAUGUGAACCUGCCCAAGGCCGACAUGGACAUUUCUGGGGCCAAGGUAGAGGUUAGUGUUCCAGAUGUGAGCCUUGAGGGACCAGAUGGGAAAUUGAAACGGCCUAACUUUAGAAUGCCCGAAAUGAACAUCAAAGCUCCCAAGAUCUCCUUGCCAGAUGUGGACUUACACUUGAAAGGUUCUCAUGCAAGGGGAGAAUAUGAUGUCACAGUGCCAAGGGUUGAAGGUGAGAUUAAAGCACCUGAUGUUGAACUAAAAACUGCCAAAGUGGACAUUGAUAUGCCAGAUGUGGAAGCUCAAGGCCCAGAUGGGCACCUAAAGAUGCCCAAGAUGAAAACGCCCAAGUUCAGCAUGCCUGGUGUGAAGGCAGAGAGUCCAGAAGUGGAUGUGAACCUGCCCAAGGCCAGCAUCGAUGUCUCAGGCCCCAAAGUAGAGGUAGGAGUCCCACAUGUAAAUGUUGAAGUCUCUGAAGGGAAGCUUAAGAUGCCAGAUAUGGACAUCAAGACCCCCAAGAUCUCCAUGCCAGAUGUGGAUUUGCAUAUAAAAGUUCCCAAGGUGAAGGGGGAAUAUGACAUUACAGUGCCAAAGAUGGAGGGUGACCUGAAAAGCCCUAAAAUAGAUGUCAGUGCCCCAGAUGUUGAUAUUCAUGGGCCUGAUUGGAGCCUGAAAAUGCCAAAAAUUAAAAUGCCCAAGUUCAGCAUGCCCAGUCUGAAAGGAGAGGGCCCAGAAGGGGAUGUGAACUUGUCUAAGGUUGAUUUGGACAUUUCUGCACCAAAGGUUGAUAUUAGUGCCCCAGAUCUGAGCCUUGAAGGACCAAAAGGGAAUUUGAAAGGCCCAAAGUUUAAGAUGCCAGAGAUGCACUUCAAGGCUCCAAAGAUGACUCUGCCAGAUGUCAACAUGGAUCUUAAAGGACCGAAUAUAAAAGGAAAUCUAGAUAUGUCUGCACCAAAAAUAGAGGGUGAGAUGAAAAUUCCAGAUGUGGACAUCAAAGGUCCCAAGUUAGAUGUUCAAGCCACAGAUGUGGAUGUUCGAGGUCCAGACUGGCACCUGAAGAUGCCAAAAAUGAAAAUGCCCAAGUUCAGCGUGCCUGGCUUCAAAGCAGAGGGCCCUGAGGUGGAUGUGAACCUGCCCAAGGCUGACAUUGAUGUCUCAGUGCCCAAGGUGGACAUUGAAGGUCCUGAUGUGAAUAUUGAAGGACCAGAAGGAAAACUGAAAGGUCUGAAGUUCAAGAUGCCGGAGAUGAACAUCAAAGCCCCCAAGAUCUCCAUGUCUGACGUUGAUCUUAACCUGAAAGGACCGAAAGUGAAGGGGGAUGUGGAUGUGUCUCUGCCCAAAGUGGAAGGUGAGAUUAAAGUUCCUGACGUGGAUAUUAAAGGCCCGAAAGUGGACAUUGAUGUUCCAGAUGUGGAUGUUCAUGGCCCGGACUGGCACCUGAAGAUGCCCAAGAUAAAGAUGCCCAAGUUCAGCAUGCCAGGCUACAAAGCAGAGGGCCCUGAGGUGGAUGUGAACCUGCCCAAGGCCAAUAUUGAUGUCUCGGCACCCGAGGUGGACAUUGAAGGUCCUGAUGUGAAUAUUGAAGGACCAGAAGGAAAAGUAAAAGGUCCAAAGUUCCAGAUGCCAGAGAUGAACAUUAAAGCCCCCAAGAUCUCCAUGCCCAAUGUGGACUUGAACCUCAAGGGGCCCAAAGUGAAGGGGGAUGUGGAUGUGUCUUUGCCUAAAGUAGAAGGUGAAGUGAAAGUGCCAGAUGUUGACAUCAAAGGCCCUAAACUUGGCAUUGAUGUUCCAGAUGUGGAUGUUAAAGGUCCAGACUGGCACCUGAAGAUGCCCAAGGUGAAAAUGCCCAAGUUCAGCAUGCCUGGCUUCAAAGCUGAGGGCCCUGAGGUGGAUGUGAACCUGCCCAAGGCUGACAUUGAUGUCUCGGCGCCCAAGGUGGACAUUGAAGGUCCUGAUGUGAUUAUCGAAGGACCAGAAGGAAAACUGAAGGGCCCCAAAUUCAAGAUGCCAGAAAUGAAUAUAAAGCCUCAGAAGAUCUCCAUGCCAGAUGUUGGUUUGCAUUUGAAAGGUCCAAAAGUGAAAGAGUAUGAUGUUAAAGUCCCAAAAAUAGAAGGAGAAAUAAAAGCCCCUGUUGCCCCAAAAGGGCCCAAAAUAGAUAUGAAUGUCCCAGAUGUGGAUGUUAAAGGUCCAGACUGGCACCUGAAGAUGCCCAAGGUGAAAAUGCCCAAGUUCAGCAUGCCAGGUUUCAAAGCAGAGGGCCCUGAGGUGGAUGUGAACCUGCCCAAGGCCGACAUUGAUGUCUCAGCGCCCAAGGUGGACCCUGAAGGUCCUGAUGUGAAUAUUGAUGUUCCAGAGGGGAGACUGAAGGGACCCAAGUUCAAGAUGCCGAGCAUGAGUAUACAGACACACAAAAUCUCUAUGCCUGAUGUUGGGCUUAAUCUGAAAGCCCCUAAACUUAAAACUGAUGUAGAUGUUUCCCUUCCAAAAGUAGAGGGAGACUUGAAAGGUCCUGAAGUUGAGGUGAAAGCCCCUAAGAUGGAUGUGCAUGUUGAUGAUGCUGAUAUUGAAUAUCCAGAAGGAAAGUUGAAGGGCCCCAAGUUCAAGAUGCCGGACAUGCACUUCAAAGCCCCCAAAAUCUCUAUGCCUGAUGUGGACUUAAAACUGAAGGGCCCCAAAGUCAAGGGGGACAUGGACGUGACUGUGCCCAAGGUAGAAGGUGAAGUGAAGGUGCCAGAUGUGGACAUAAGAGGGCCCAAGGUGGAUAUCGAUGUUGCAGAUGUGGAUGUUAAAGGCCCAGACUGGCACCUGAAGAUGCCCAAGGUGAAAAUGCCCAAGUUCAGCAUGCCUGGCUUCAAAGCUGAGGGCCCUGAGGUGGAUGUGAACCUGCCUAAGGCCAACAUUGAUGUCUCAGUGCCCAAGGUGGACAUUCAAGGUCCUGAUAUGAAUAUUGAAGGGCCAGAUGUGAAACUGAGGGGCCCCCAGUUCCAGAUGCCAGAGAUGAACAUUAAAGCCCCCAAGAUCUCCAUGCCUGAUGUGGACUUGAACCUCAAGGGGCCCAAAGUGAAGGGGGAUGUGGAUGUGUCUUUGCCUAAAGUAGAAGGUGAAGUGAAAGUGCCAGAUGUUGACAUCAAAGGCCCUAAAUUUGGCACUGAUGCUCCAGAUGUGGAUGUUCAUGGCCCAGACUGGCACCUGAAGAUGCCAAAAAUGAAAAUGCCCAAGUUCAGCAUGCCUGGCUUCAAAGCAGAGGGUCCUGAGGUGGAUGUAAACCUGCCCAAGGCCAACAUUGAUGUCUCUGCACCCAAAGUGGACAUCGAAGGUCCUGAUGUUAACAUUGAAGGACCAGAAGGAAAACUAAAAGGUCCAAAGUUCAAGAUGCCGGAGAUGAACAUCAAAGCCCCCAAGAUCUCCAUGCCUGACAUUGAUUUGCACUUGAGGGGUCCUAAGGUGAAAGGAGAUGUGGACGUUUCUCUUCCCAAAGUGGAAGGUGACCUCAAGAGCCCUGAAGUUGACCUCGAAGGCCCAAAAGUGGACAUUGAUGUUCCAGAUGUGGAUGGUAAAGGCCCAGACUGGCACCUGAAGAUGCCCAAAGUGAAAAUGCCCAAGUUCAGCAUGCCGGGCUUCAAAGCAGAGGGCCCAGAUGUGGAUGUGAACCUGCCCAAGGCUGGCAUUGAUGCCUCAGUGCCCAAGGUGGACAUUGAUGUUCCUGAUUUAGAUAUUGAGGGACCAGAAGCAAAACUGAAAGGUUCCAAGUUUAAGAUGCCAAAGUUAAAUAUCAAAGCUCCUAAGAUGUCCAUGCCUGAUGUUGACUUGAAUUUAAAGGGACCUAAGCUGAAAGGAGAGAUAGAUGCUUCCGUGCCAGAGCUAGAAGGUGAACUCAGGGAUGCAAAAGUCGAUAUCAAAGGCCCCAGUGUGGAUGUGGAGAUGCCCAAUGUUGACCUGCAGUGUCCUGAUGCGAAACUGAAGGGUCCCAAGUUCAAGAUGCCGGAAAUGCACUUCAAAGCCCCUAAAAUCUCUAUGCCUGAUGUGGACUUACACCUGAAGGGCCCCAAAGUCAAGGGGGACAUGGACGUGACUGUGCCUAAGGUAGAAGGUGAAGUGAAGGUGCCAGAUGUGGACAUCAAAGGGCCCAAGGUGGACAUCGAUGUUGCAGAUGUGGAUGUUAAAGGCCCAGACUGGCACCUGAAGAUGCCCAAGGUGAAAAUGCCCAAGUUCAGCAUGCCAGGCUUCAAAGCUGAGGGCCCUGAGGUGGAUGUGAACCUGCCCAAGGCUGACAUUGACAUCUCCGCACCCAAAGUAGACAUUGAAGGCCCAGAUGUGAAUAUUGAAGGUCCGGAAGGAAAACUGAAGGGCCCCAAGUUCAAGAUGCCAGAGAUGAACAUCAAAGCUCCCAGAAUGUACAUGCCAGACAUUGAUUUGCACAUGAAGGGUCCAAAGCUGAAGGGUGAAGUGGACGUCUCUCUGUCCAAAGUGGAAGGUGACCUCAAGGGCCCUGAAGUUGACGUCAAAGGCCCAAAAGUAGACAUCGAUGUUCCAGAUGUGGAUGUUAAAGGCCCAGACUGGCACCUGAAGAUGCCCAAGGUGAAAAUGCCCAAGUUCAGCAUGCCAGGCUUCAAAGCUGAGGGCCCUGAGGUGGAUGUGAACCUGCCCAAGGCUGACAUUGACAUCUCCGCACCCAAAGUAGACAUUGAAGGCCCAGAUGUGAAUAUUGAAGGUCUGGAAGGAAAACUGAAGGGCCCCAAGUUCAAGAUGCCAGAGAUGAACAUCAAAGCUCCCAGAAUGUACAUGCCAGACAUUGAUUUGCACAUGAAGGGUCCAAAGCUGAAGGGUGAAGUGGACGUUUCUCUGCCCAAAGUGGAAGGUGACCUCAAGGGCCCUGAAGUUGACCUCAAAGGCCCAAAAGUAGACAUCGAUGUUCCAGAUGUGGAUGUUAAAGGCCCAGACUGGCACCUGAAGAUGCCCAAGGUGAAAAUGCCCAAGUUCAGCAUGCCAGGCUUCAAAGCAGAGGGUCCAGAUGUGGAUGUGAAACUGCCCAAGGCUGACAUUGAUGUCUCAGCACCCAAAGUAGACAUUGAAGGCCCAGAUGUGAAUAUUGAAGGUCCAGAAGGGAAACUGAAGGGCCCCAAGUUCAAGAUGCCAGAGGUGAACAUCAAAACUCCCAAGAUGUACAUGCCAGACAUUGAUUUGCACAUGAAAGGUCCAAAGCUGAAGGGAGAGGUAGACGUUUCUCUACCCAAAGUGGAAGGUGACCUCAAAGGCCCUGAAGUUGACCUCAAAGGCCCCAAAGUGGAUAUCGAUGUUCCAGAUAUGGAUGUUAAAGGCCCAGACUGGCACCUGAAGAUGCCCAAGGUGAAAAUGCCCCAGUUCAGCAUGCCUGGCUUCAAAGCAGAGGGCCCUGAGGUGGAUGUGAACCUGCCCAAGGCUGACAUUGAUGUCUCAGUACCCAAGGUGGACAUUGAAGGUGCAGAAGGAAAACUAAAAGGUCUGAAGUUCAAGAUGCCAGAGAUGAACAUCAAAGCCCCCAAGAUCUCCAUGCCUGACAUUGAUCUUAACCUGAAAGGACCGAAAGUGAAGGGGGAUAUGGAUGUGUCUCUGCCCAAAGUGGAAGGUGAGAUUAAAGUUCCUGACGUGGAUAUUAAAGGCCCAAAAGUGGAUAUCGAUGUUCCAGAUGUGGAUGUUAAAGGCCCAGACUGGCACCUGAAGAUGCCCAAGAUAAAGAUGCCCAAGUUCAGCAUGCCAGGCUUCAAAGCAGAGGGCCCUGAGGUGGAUGUGAACCUGCCCAAGGCUGACUUUGAUGUUUCGGCACCCAAAGUAGACAUUGAAGGUCCAGAUGUGAAUAUUGAAGGUCCAGAAGGGAAACUGAAGGGCCCCAAAUUCAAGAUGCCAGAGAUGAACAUCAAAGCCCCCAAGAUGUACAUGCCAGACAUUGAUUUGCACAUGAAGGGUCCAAAGCUGAAGGGUGAAGUGGACAUUUCUCUGCCUAAAGUGGAAGGUGACCUCAAGGGCCCUGAAGUUGACCUCAAAGGCCCCAAAGUGGAUAUCGACAUUCCAGAUGUGGAUGUUAAAGGCCCAAACUGGCACCUGAAGAUGCCCAAAGUGAAAAUGCCCAAGUUCAGCAUGCCUGGCUUCAAAGCAGAGGGCCCUGAGGUGGAUGUGAAUCUGCCCAAGGCUGACAUUGAUGUCUCAGUGCCCAAGGUGGACAUUGAAGGUCCUGACAUGAAUAUCGAAGGACCAGAAGGAAAACUGAAGGGCCCCAAGUUCAAAAUGCCAGAACUAAACAUUAGAGCUCCCAAGAUAUCUAUGCCUGAUGUUGACUUGCACUUGAAGGGCCCCAAAGUCAAGGGAGACAUGGACGUGACUGUGCCCAAACUGGAAGGAGAUUUGAAAGGCCCCAGUGUGGAUGUGGAGAUGCCCGAUGUUGACCUGCAGUGUCCUGAUGCGAAACUGAAGGGUCCCAAGUUCAAGAUGCCAGACAUGCACUUCAAGGCCCCAAAGAUUUCCAUGCCUGGUGUGGACUUACACUUGAAGGGCCCCAAAGUCAAGGGAGAUGUGGACGUGACUGUGCCAAAAUUGGAAGGAGAUUUGAAAAGCCCUAGUGUGGAUGUGGAGAUGCCAGACAUUGACCUGCAGUGUCCUGAUGCAAAACUGAAGGGUCCCAAGUUCAAGAUGCCAGACAUGCACUUCAAGGCCCCCAAGAUCUCCAUGCCUGAUGUUGAUUUCAACUUAAAGGGACCUAAAAUCAAAGGAGACAUUGGCGUUUGUGCUCCAACGCUUGAGGGAGAGUUAAAGGGUCCCGAAUUGGAUGUGAAGAGCCCCAAGUUGGAUGUUGACAUGCCAGAGGUAGCUGUUGAAGGCCCAGAUGGCAAAUGGAAAAGCCCUAAGUUCAAGAUACCCGACAUGCACUUUAAAACUCCCAAAAUCUCCAUGCCAGACAUUGAUCUACACUUAAAGAGUCCCAAGGUAAAGGGUGAGGUGGAUGUAGAUGUUCCUGAAUUGGAAGGAGACCUCAGAGUGGCAUGUAUGGACAUCAGAGGGCCCGAUGUUGACAUUCAAGGACCACAAGGCAAAUUAAAAGGUCCUAAGUUCAAGAUGCCUGAAAUGCAUAUCAAAGCCCCCAAUAUUUCUAUGCCUGAUAUUGAUUUAAAUUUAAAAGGAUCCAAAACCAAGGGUGACGUAGAUGUAUCUGGAGCUGAGGUAGAAGGUAAAAUUAAAGUACCAGAUGUGGAUUUCAAGGGCCCGAAGUUAGAUGUAAGUGUUCCAGAUAUUCAUGGCCCAGACUGGCACCUGAAGAUGCCCAAGGUGAAAAUGCCCAAGUUCAGCAUGCCAGGCUUCAAAGCAGAGGGCCCUGAGGUGGAUGUGAACCUGCCCAAGGCUGAGAUUGAUGUCUCAGCACCCAAAGUAGAGACUGAAGGCCCAGAUGUGAAUAUUGAAGGUCCGGAAGGGAAACUGAAGGGCCCCAAGUUCAAGAUGCCAGAGAUGAACAUCAAAGCCCCCAAGAUCUCUAUGCCAGAUAUUGAUUUGCACUUGAAGAGUUCAAAGCUGAAGGGCGAAGUGGACGUUUCUCUGCCCAAAGUGGAAGGUGACCUCAAGGGCCCUGAAGUUGACCUCAAAGGCCCCAAAGUGGAUAUCGAUGUUCCAGACGUGGAUGUUAAAGGCCCAGACUGGCACCUGAAGAUGCCCAAGGUGAAAAUGCCCCAGUUCAGCAUGUCUGGCUUCAAAGCAGAGGGCCCAGAUGUGGAUGUGAACCUGCCCAAGGCCGACAUUGAUGUCUCAGCACCCAAAGUAGACAUAGAAGGCCCAGAUGUGAAUAUUGAAGGUCCGGAAGGGAAACUGAAGGGCCCCAAGUUCAAGAUGCCAGAGAUGAACAUCAAAGCCCCCAAGAUCUCUAUGCCAGAUAUUGAUUUGCACUUGAAGAGUCCAAAGCUGAAGGGCGAAGUGGACGUUUCUCUGCCCAAAGUGGAAGGUGACCUCAAGGGCCCUGAAGUUGACCUCAAAGGCCCCAAAGUGGAUAUCGAUGUUCCAGACGUGGAUGUUAAAGGCCCAGACUGGCACCUGAAGAUGCCCAAGGUGAAAAUGCCCCAGUUCAGCAUGUCUGGCUUCAAAGCAGAGGGCCCAGAUGUGGAUGUGAACCUGCCCAAGGCCGACAUUGAUGUCUCAGCACCCAAAGUAGAGACUGAAGGCCCAGAUGUGAAUAUUGAAGGUCCGGAAGGGAAACUGAAGGGCCCCAAGUUCAAGAUGCCAGAGAUGAACAUCAAAGCCCCCAAGAUCUCUAUGCCAGAUAUUGAUUUGCACUUGAAGGGUCCAAAGCUGAAGGGCGAAGUGGACGUUUCUCUGCCCAAAGUGGAAGGUGACCUCAAGGGCCCUGAAGUUGACCUCAAAGGCCCCAAAGUGGAUAUCGACGUUCCAGAUGUGGAUGUUAAAGGCCCAGACUGGCACCUGAAGAUGCCCAAAGUGAAAAUGCCCAAGUUCAGCAUGCCUGGCUUCAAAGCAGAGGGCCCUGAGGUGGAUGUGAACCUGCCCAAGGCUGACAUUGACAUCUCGGCGCCCAAGGUGGACAUUGAAGGUCCAGAUGUGAAUAUUGAAGGUCCAGAAGGGAAACUGAAGGGCCCCAAAUUCAAGAUGCCGGAGAUGAACAUCAAAGCCCCUAAGAUCUCCAUGCCUCACGUUGAUCUUAAUCUGAAAGGACCGAAAGUGAAGGGGGAUGUGGAUGUGUCUCUGCCCAAAGUGGAAGGUGAGAUUAAAGUUCCUGACGUGGAUAUUAAAGGCCCAAAAGUGGAUAUCGAUGUUCCAGAUGUAGAUGUUCAUGGCCCAGACUGGCACCUGAAGAUGCCCAAAGUGAAAAUGCCCAAGUUCAGCAUGCCAGGCUUCAAAGCAGAGGGCCCUGAGGUGGAUGUGAACCUGCCCAAGGCCGAUAUUGAUGUCUCGGCGCCCAAGGUGGACAUCGAAGGUCCUGAUGUCAACAUUGAAGGACCAGAAGGAAAACUAAAAGGUGCAAAGUUCAAGAUGCCAGAGAUGAACAUCAAAGCCCCCAAGAUGUACAUGCCAGACAUUGAUUUGCACAUGAAGGGUCCAAAGCUGAAGGGCGAAGUGGAUGUUUCUCCGCCCAAAGUGGAAGGUGACCUCAAGGGCCCUGAAGUUGACCUCAAGGGCCCAAAAGUGAACAUCGAUGUUCAAGAUGUGGAUGUUAAAGGCCCAGACUGGCACCUGAAGAUGCCCAAGGUGAAAAUGCCCAAGUUCAGCGUGCCUGGCUUCAAAGCAGAGGGCCCUGAGAUUGAUGUGAACCUGCCCAAGGCUGACAUUGACGUCUCAGUGCCUAAGGUGGACAUUGAAUGUCCUGAUGUGAAUAUUGAAGGACCAGAAGGGAAACUGAAGGGCCCCACAUUCAAGAUGCCUGAGGUGAACAUUCAAGCCCCCAAGAUCUCCAUGCCAGAUUUGGACCUUAAUCUUAAAGGGCCUGAAUUAAAAGGAGAUGUAGAUGUUUCACUUCCAAACCUGGAAGGUGAUUUGAAGCGGCCUAGUCUUGACCUAAAGGGUCCAAAUUUAGAUAUGGAUGUUCCAGAUGUUGACAUUCAUGGCCCAGAGGGCAAAUUAAAAGGACCAAAAUUAAAGAUGCCUGAGAUGCACGCGAACAUGCCCAAGAUCUCUAUGCCAGAUAUUGACCUGAAUUUGAAGGGCUCUAAGCUGAAAGGAGAUGUGGAUACCUCUGGGUUGAAAUUGGAAGGUGACAUUAAAGCUCCUAAAUUGGAUGUGAAGGGUCCAGAAGUAGACAUUUCUGAGCCUAAACUCAAUAUUGAAGGCAAGUCAAAGAAAUCUCGUUUUAAGCUUCCCAAAUUUAAUUUUUCCAGCUCAAAAGUUCAGACACCUGAGUUGGAUGUCAAAGUUAAAAAGCCUGAUAUUGAUGUGUCUGGUCCAAAAGUUGAUAUUAAUGCUCCCGAUGUUGAAGUCCAAGGAAAAGUGAAAGGAGCCAAGUUUAAAAUGCCCUUCCUGAGUAUUUCAUCACCCAAAGUAUCUAUGCCUGAUGUGGAGCUAAAUUUGAAAGGCCCUAAAGUCAAAGGAGACUUAGAGGUUGCAGGUCCUACCAUGGAAGAUGUUAAAGGUCCCAACAUGGAGAUUCAGGCACCACAAGUCCAUCUUAAUGCACCAGACAUGGAUAUUCAUGGUCCUGAGUGGAACCUGAAGAUGCCCAAAAUGAAAAUGCCCAAGUUUAGUGUACCUGGCUUAAAAGCUGCAGGUCCUGAUAUAGCUGUGGAUAUACCAAAAGGAGACGUCAAUAUGGAAGGUCCCAGUCUGAAUGUCGAGGGCCCAGAAGUCAGCGUGGAGAGUCUGGAGGGAAGCUUAAAAGGCCCCAAAUUUAAGAUGCCUGACAUGAACCUUAAAGCUCCCAAGAUCUCCAUGCCCGAUGUUGACUUAAAUCUGAAAGGUCCCAAAGUGAAAGGUGAUGUAGAUCUUUCUCUUCCCAAACUUGAAGGAGAUCUGAAGAGGCCAGAUGUUGAUAUCAAAGGCCCCAAAAUGGACAUCAGUCUUCCAGAUAUGGACGUUCACAGUCCAGACUGGCACCUGAAGAUGCCCAAGAUGAAAAUGCCCAAGUUCAGCAUGCCCAGCUUCAAAGCAGAGGGCCCUGAAGUGGAUGUUACUCUCCCUAAAGCUGAUAUUGACAUUUCUGCCCCUAAUGUAGACAUUGAAGGCCCAGGUGUGAAUAUUGAAGGUCCAGAGGCAAAACUGAAGGGCCCUAAAUUCAAAAUGCCAGAGUUGAACAUCAAAGCCCCCAAGAUCUCCAUGCCUGACUUCGACCUGAAUCUGAAGGGCCCCAAAAUAAAGGGUGAUGUGGAUGUAUCUUUGCCUAAAGUGGAAAAUAAUUUGAAAGGCUCUGAAGUGGAAAUCAAAGGCCCCAAAGUGGACAUUGACUCUCCAGACAUUGACUUUCAGGGUCCAGAAGGGAAACUAAAGGGCUCCAAGUUUAAAAUGCCUGACUUGCACCUCAAGGCACCCAAGGUCUCUGUGCCUGAAAUUGACCUGAAUUUGAAGGGUCCAAAGCUGAAGGGCGAAGUGGAUGUUUCUCUGCCCAAAGUGGAAGGUGACCUCAAGGGCCCUGAAGUUGACCAACUCAAAGGCCCAAAAGUGGACAUUGAUGUUCCAGAUGUGGAUGUUCAUGGCCCAGACUGGCACCUGAAGAUGCCCAAGGUGAAAAUGCCCAAGUUCAGCAUGCCUGGCUUCAAAGCAGAGGGCCCUGAGGUGGAUGUGAACCUGCCCAAGGCUGACAUUGAUGUCUCAGUGCCCAAGGUGGACAUUGAAUGUCCUGAUGUGAAUAUCAAAGGACCAGAAGGAAAACUGAAGGACCCCAAGUUCAAGAUGCCAGAGAUGAACAUCAAAGCCCCCAAGAUCUCCAUGCCAGACAUUGAUUUGCACUUGAAGGGUCCAAAGCUGAAGGGCGAAGUGGACGUUUCUGUGCCCAAAGUGGAAGGUGACCUCAAGGGCCCUGAAGUUGACCUCAAAGGCCCCAAAGUGGAUAUCGAUGUUCCAGAUGUGGAUGUUAAAGGCCCAGACUGGCACCUGAAGAUGCCCAAGGUGAAAAUGCCCCAGUUCAGCGUGCCUGGCUUCAAAGCAGAGGGCCCUGAAGUGGAUGUGAACCUGCCCAAGGCUGACAUUGAUGUCUCAGCACCCAAAGUAGACAUAGAAGGCCCAGAUGUGAAUAUUGAAGGUCCGGAAGGGAAACUGAAGGGCCCCAAGUUCAAGAUGCCAGAGAUGAACAUCAAAACUCCCAAGAUGUACAUGCCAGACAUUGAUCUGCACAUGAAAGGUCCAAAGCUGAAGGGCGAAGUGGACGUUUCUCUGCCCAAAGUGGAAGGUGACCUCAAAGGCCCUGAAGUUGACCUCAAAGGCCCAAAAGUGGAUAUUGAUGUUUCAGAUGUGGAUGUUAAAGGCCCAGACUGGCACCUGAAGAUGCCCAAGAUAAAGAUGCCCAAGUUCAGCAUGCCUGGCUUCAAAGCAGAGGGCCCUGAGGUGGAUGUGAACCUGCCCAAGGCCGACAUUGAUGUCUCAGCACCCAAAGUAGACAUUGAAGGCCCAGAUGUGAAUAUUGAAGGUCCGGAAGGGAAACUGAAGGGCCCCAAGUUCAAGAUGCCAGAGAUGAACAUCAAAACUCCCAAGAUGUACAUGCCAGACAUUGAUCUGCACAUGAAAGGUCCAAAGCUGAAGGGCGAAGUGGACGUUUCUCUGCCCAAAGUGGAAGGUGACCUCAAAGGCCCUGAAGUUGACCUCAAAGGCCCAAAAGUGGACAUCAGUGUUUCAGAUGUGGAUGUUAAAGGCCCAGACUGGCACCUGAAGAUGCCCAAGGUGAAAAUGCCCAAGUUCAGCAUGCCAGGCUUCAAAGCAGAGGGCCCAGAUGUGGAUGUGAAACUCCCCAAGGCUAACAUUGAUAUCUCAGCACCCAAAGCAGACAUUGAAGGCCCAGAUGUGAAUAUUGAAGGUCCGGAAGGGAAACUGAAGGGCCCCAAGUUCAAGAUGCCAGAGAUGAACAUCAAAGCUCCGAAGAUGUACAUGCCAGACAUUGAUUUACAUUUACAAGGCCCCAAAGUGAAAGGUGAUUUGGACGUUUCUUUACCCAAAGUGGAAGGUGACCUCAAGGGCCUGAGUGUGGAUGUUGAUGCUCCUGAUGUCAAUAUUGAAGGUCCAGAAGGGAAAUUGAAGGGGUCCAAGUUUAAAAUGCCGGAGAUGCACAUCAAAGCCCCUAAGAUUUCCAUGCCUGACUUUGACUUAAAUCUCAAAGGGCCAAAGGCAAAAGGAGAUGUAGAUCUUUCACUACCUAAGGUGGAAGGUGAUCUGAAGUGUCCAGAGGUGAACAUUGAAGGUCCUGAUUGUAAACUCAAAGGUCCUAAAUUGAAGAUGCCUGAUGUUCAUUUCAAAACCCCACAAAUCUCAAUGAGUGACAUUGAUUUGAACUUGAAAGGACCUAAGGUAAAGGGAGCUUUGGAUGUUUCCAUUCCUAAACUGGAAGGAGAUUUGAAAAGUCCUAAAGUGGAUAUCAAAGGCCCUGAGUUGGACAUUGACACUCCGGACUUUGACUUUCAGUGUCCAGAAGGGAAACUGAAGGGCCCCAAGUUCAAGAUGCCGGAGAUGAACAUCAAAGCCCCCAAGAUCUCCAUGCCUGACAUUGAUUUGCACUUGAGGGGUCCAAAGCUGAAGGGCGAAGUGGACGUUUCUCUGCCCAAAGUGGAAGGUGACCUCAAGGGACCUGAAGUUGACCUCAAAGGCCCAAAAGUAGACAUCGAUGUUCCAGAUGUGGAUGUUAAAGGCCCAGACUGGCACCUGAAGAUGCCCAAGGUGAAAAUGCCCCAGUUCAGCAUGCCUGGCUUCAAAGCAGAGGGCCCUGAGGUGGAUGUGAACCUGCCCAAGGCUGACAUUGAUGUCUCGGCGCCCAAGGUGGACAUUGAAGGUCCUGAUGUGAAUAUCAAAGGACCAGAAGGAAAACUGAAAGGUCUGAAGUUCAAGAUGCCGGAGAUGAACAUCAAAGCCCCCAAGAUCUCCAUGCCUGACGUUGAUCUUAACCUGAAAGGACCGAAAGUGAAGGGGGAUGUGGAUGUGUCUCUGCCCAAAGUGGAAGGUGAGAUUAAAGUUCCUGAUGUGGAUAUUAAAGGCCCGAAAGUGGACAUUGAUGUUCCAGAUGUGGAUGUUCAUGGCCCAGACUGGCACCUGAAGAUGCCCAAAGUGAAAAUGCCCAAGUUCAGCAUGCCAGGCUUCAAAGCAGAGGGCCCUGAGGUGGAUGUGAACCUGCCCAAGGCUGACAUUGAUGUCUCAGCAUCCAAAGUAGAGAUUGAAGGCCCAGAUGUGAAUAUUGAAGGUCCAGAGGCGAAGCUGAGGGGCCCCAAGUUUAAGGUGCCUGAGGUGAACAUCAAAGCCCCCAAGAUCUCCAUGCCUGAUGUUGAUCUGGAUUUGAAAGGACCUAAAGUAAAAGAUUUUAAUGUGUCUGUCCCUAAGAUUGGAGGUACACUCAAAGGCCCUGAAGUUGAUCUUAAGGGUCCAGGUCUGGAUUUUGAAGGACCAGAUGCCAAACUCAAAGGCCCUAAUUUGAAAAUGCCAUCACUGGACAUAUCUGCUCCUAAAGUAACUGUUCCUGAUGUUGAUUUGCACUUGAAGAUGCCCGAAAUUGGAGUUUCUGAUCCUAAGUUAGAAGGUGGUGAAGUGAACCUCAAGGGGCCCAAGGUUGACUUAGAAGCUGCAGACUUAGAUGUGGACAUGCAGAGCUCUGGUGUUAGCAUUGAGUGGCAUGAUGUGAAAAACCCCAAGUUUAAGAAACCCAAGUUUGGAUUUGGAGCAAAAGGUCCUAAAGCUGACAUCAAGCCAUCUUCACUGGAUAUAUCUGUGCCUGAGGCAGAGUUGAAUGUGGAGACUCCUGAGGUUGGUCCUGGUGGCAAAAGCAAGAAAGGCAAGUUUAAGAUGCCCAAGAUUCACAUGAGUGGUCCUAAAAUGAAGGCCAAGAAGCAGGGCUUUGAUCUGAAUGCUCCCGGGUGCGAUAUUGACACCAGUGUCAAGGCCCCAGAUGUGGACGUCAGUGUUGCUGGGUCAGAUGCUGCACUCAAAGUUGAUGUGAAAUCUCCUAGAUCCAAGAAGACUAUGUUUGGGAAAAUGUACUUCCCAGAUGUAGAGUUUGACAUUAAAUCACCUAAAUUUAAAGCUGAGGCUCCCCUCCCCAGCCCCAAGAUGGAAGGUCCAGUCCAGACACCCGAUCUGAAUCUCUGUUCACCAGGGAUUAGUGUGGAGGGUCCAGAUAUUAAGGUGAAGACCCCCAAGUUCACCAUGCCAGGUGUGGAUGUCUCAGGGCCGAAGAUAGAAGGGGACUUGAAGGGCCCCAAGGUGCAGGCCAACUUGGACGCACCUGAUGUCACCAUUGAAGGCCCUGAUCCCAAAGUCAAAGCACCUUCUUUUAGCAUUUCCACCCCUCAGGUCUCCAUGCCCAAUGUAAAUGUUAAUUUGAAAGGACCAAAGAUACAGGGUGAUGUCCCCAGUGUGGGCCUUGAAGGACCAGAUGUCGAUCUACAAGGUCCAGAAGCGAAAAUCAAGUUCCCCAAGUUUUCAGUGCCCAAGAUUGGUAUCCCUGGUGUCACUGUGGAGGCUGGGGGUGCUGAGACUGGGGUCCAGCUGCCCUCCCUUGAGGGAGGCCUGAGUGCUGCAGACAUCAGGCUGCAAGGGCUUGGGGUCAUGCUGACUGGGCCAGGCAUGGACCUGCCUUCCAUGAACCUGUCUGAAGUCUCUGGGCCUGACCUUGACCUGAACUUGAAAGGACCAAGUCUGAAGGGAGAGCUGGAUGCCUCUGUUCCCAGCGUGAAGGUGCACAGCCCAGGCCUUGCCCUCGGAGGUGGUGUUGGGAAGGUGCGGGUGGGAGGAGAUGACCUGAAAGUGCCCGGUGUUGCUGUCGGGGCCCCAGAUGUGACACUGAAGGGACCAAGCCUGCAGGGAGACCUUGCUGUCUCGGGGGACAUCAAGUGUCCUAAGACCUCCAUGGGUGCUCCUGAACUGAGUGUGGAGGCACCGGAGGUUGGAGUUAAACUUCCCCAAAUGAAGCUCCCCCAGUUUGGCAUGUGUACACCAGGGUCCGAUACGGAUGUCAGCAUCAAGGGGCCACAAGUUGCGGGAGAACUAAAGGGGAAGGGGGUGGACGUGAGCAUGAAAGGGCCACAGCUCUCUGCACCUGACAUGGACUUUAACAUUUGGGGACCAAAAGUGACAGGCAGCCUGGGGGCCACUGGGGAGCCAAAAGGGGCUCUUCCAGGAGUCAGUGUUCAAGGCCUAGAAGGAAACCUGCAGGUGCCUGGAGUGACAUCAUCUGGAGGUGGCGUGGACCUUCCUGGUGUGAUGGUGAGGCUCCCAGCAGGGCAGAUUUCCGGUCCUGACCUCAAAGGCAGCCUGAAGGGCUCCGGGAUGGGUUUGCAUGGGGCCGCUCCUGAGGUCAGUGUCAAGGGGCCUGCCUUCAGUGUGGCCUCCCCAGAGUCUGAUUUUGGUGCCAGCUGGAAGGGCCCGAAAGUCACAGGUGGUGUGGACGUGUCAGAGGUUGUUGGCACCCCUGACAUCAGCCUGGGGGAGGGGUGUCUCGGUGUCACAGGCUGUGGGGUGGACUGGCAGGGACCCCAGGCCUCUUUGGCUCUCAGCUCAGGCCUUCACUUCUCGGGGCCGAGGUCAGACGGAGGCACGAAGCUGGGAGAGCUCGGGCUGAGUGAGUCUGGAAGAGUAACAUUCCCCAAGAUGAAGAUCCCCAAGUUCACCUCCGGCCGUGAGCUGGUUGGCAGAGAGGUGGGCGUGGAUGUCGCCUUCCCAAGGGUGGAGGCCACCAUGCAAGCUGCUGCCACAGAAGGCGAAUGGGACGAGUCUGAGGUGAAGCUGAAGAAGUCCAAGAUCAAAAUGCCCAAGUUUACCUUCUCCAAGCCCAAGGGCAAGGGCAGCGCCUCGGCCUCACCUGAGGCGUCCAUGUCGGGGUCCAAAGGGGACCUGAAGAGCUCCAAGGCCAGCCUGGGCUCUCUGGAGGGAGAGGCGGAGGCAGAGACGUCCCCCAGAGGCAAGUUCUCCCUGUUUAAGAGCAAGAAGCCGCGGCACCGCUCCAGCUCCUUCAGCGACGACAGAGAGCUCUCCGCGCCUUCCACUCCGACGGGGACUCUCGAGUCGGAGGGUGGUGAGCCGUCGCUGGACGGAGGGAAAGCAAAGGGCAAACACGGCAAGCUGAAAUUCGGUACCUUCGGUGGAUUGGGGUCGAAGAGCAAAGGCCACUAUGAGGUGACUGGGAGCGAUGAGGAGGCGGGCAAGUUGCAGGGCAGUGGUGCGUCCUGGGCCUCGAAGUCCCGCCUGUCCUCAUCCUCUAGCAAUGACAGCGGGACAAAGGUGGGGAUCCAGCUUCCUGACGUGGAGCUGGCCGUGCCCUCCAAGAAAGAGUAGCCCCGAGCCUGUGUACAUACCUGCGUAGCCCAGCCUCGGAGUGCUGUGUACAAAGCCAGAGCCUCCCAGCGGCCUCGGCAGAGUGCAGAGCUGGCCUCUCCUGGCUGCAGUUGGCCACCACCACCCUGGGCUCCUGGACGCCAGGCUCUGGGAAGAGUUCUGGUUUGCUGGCCCUGGGCAGAGCCAACAGUAUUUGCCUUAAGAUUUCAGUUUUCUUUCUCUGUUUUUGCAUUGAACGCUGAGAGCUCCUGUUUACUAAGCAAGCUUUUGUGUUUAUUACCUGCAUUUGUACUGGACAUUGUUAGUGUUGGAGUAAUGGAGACCCACGUUUUUCAUUGUAAUGACUUUUGGGGCUUUUGUUGGUGGGGAGGGGGGGAAGCGGUGAGGGGCACCUGGUCUCUGCUCCCGAGAUGGGACCUAUGCGAGCAGCCACACCUGGUGCGGCCCAGAACAGCUGGCAGGCGCUGGGUGUCUGCUGAGCUCUUUCACGGCUUCCCCCGGGUGGCGAGGCGGCGGUCCCACCAGCUGGGUGUCAGGAGAGGGAACUAGGGCCUGUGUGCAAGAUACUCAGCCUGCCAGCAGGACUCCAGGGGCUUCCAUUCUGUGUUCUGUAAGAGAAAUGUUUCAUUCAUGACCAUCAUGCUCCUGAUGAUAGUUCUGAUUUCUUUUAAUGAAUGUUACCAUGAUUGAGAAAAUUUCUGGCACUUUAAUGGCAAAAUCAAUAGAGAAUGUAAGGAAGUGGAUGCUGUACAAGGUAAAUAAAGCUGUUUAUUAA